AAGAAGAGAUUGACGACAAGAAAUUUUGAUUUUGAAUUGUUAAGGGCAGUAAAUAUAUUUCUCUUUUUUAGUGAUUUCUUUGGAAAGGAUACUGGAUGCACUUUUGAUUUUGUCAAAGUUUCGCCAGACAGAUUGAAGCUUUAUGUUGCUGUACGCUUUGAAAGCAAGACUGUGGCUCGCAAAAUUAUGGAAAAAUGUCAAAAAGAAGGCACUAUUCUUGGUCACGAAGUAGAACUGACUUGGUUCCGGGAUAUUCGCCGCUAUUUAGCUCAUUGUGCCAAACAAGGAGUUAGACCUUCUCGCUUUAAUAACCAUGGUAGUUCAGGACAUCGCGGCAGUGGGCGUCGAUCUUAUACUCGUUCUCCUGAGCGAGGUCCGACAGAAGAAUAUAGUGGCGGUAACAAAUCCGCGAGUCGAUCUGUGUCUGGUUCUCCUUCGCAUCGUAGUCUUACACAUUCUGAUGCGGAUUCGCGUUCUCGAAGUAAAUCGGUGUCGUCCCAGUCAUCACAGCAUUCCGAACCAAAAUCUUUGGAUUAUUCUGAUAUCGUAAAGAAGGAACGUUCUCCUUCACCACCACCUAAGAAACAGAAGAGCAAGAAAAAGGAGCGAAAAGAGAAGAAAAAACGCAAACAUUAUUCUUCUUCUCCAAAUAUUCAUACGGCAAAAACUCAGAGAACUGAAGGUUCUGAUAUUGAUGUAAGUGAUGGAGAGUCUUCACCUCCGUCAAAAUAUGCAAAUGCCAAUCAAGGACAACCUCAAAUGACUAUAACGAUGAGUAAACCAAUUGGGCCAACACGUCCAGAUGCGCAGAGUAAACAAUCAGAGGAUAACAAAUUUCGACAGACUUUUACUGUGGAUCUUGAUUCGAAUGCGUCCAUUCCAAAGUUUAAGUCAGAACAACCUGGCAUAGUCUAUCAACCGAUGAACGGUACCAAGGCUACUAAAGACGAUGUAGCCGCGAAACGCCCGCGUGUUGAGCUCGAAUCGUUGCAACAACCUCCUGUUGUUCGUAGCGUCAAAGCUUCUGCUUAUUCUGAUCAAAUUAUGUCUUCUCCGGUCCGUGAGAGUGGUGCCAUGGCAAAUAAUUUCUUCAAAGACAUACAGCGUCAAAUUCUAAAGGAUAUAAAAUGCAAAAUGUCAACAAAUGCUAAUGUUGAUGAAAAUCAGGGAGGAUUUCAUUUAAGUUCUUUGUCCAAACAGCAAAUUUCUGACAAUAUUCGUGAAGAGAAAAUUAACAAAUUAUCUGUAGAGUUACGAGAAUGUGUGGCAAAGAAAAAACGAGAAUUUGAACAGAGUUAUCGAAAUGAUUGUGAAACUUUUGGAUUUGUUACUCAAAAACUUGUUGAAAAGGAUAAAACUUUGGAGGGUCGUUUGAAAGUUGCUCUUUUGGAAACCAUGAAAGAUUUAGAAAGUGAAACAAUGAAGAAAUUUGAUGAAUUUCUUGAUCAAAUCUCUCUUACAUUCUAA